AUGUGCAUGAUCCGGCAGAUUUUUUUCGCGUUUCUCACGAUGACUGCGAGCGUCACUUGCCGGAAUGGUGCUGCUGAUCUGAUUCUGUUGAUCUGCUUCCGGAAAUAACAACCAUCAACUGGUAAUGUAACCCAGUUUAUGUGGAGCGACGCAAACCACACACUGCGCCGUUAGCAUUGAAUCGGGCGCAUUAGAUUGAGACAUCAUUGAGUUAUCGUGUUUAGGUUCUCGAUUAGAUCCACUUGCUUUCUGCUUUGGAGGCGUCGUCUUGCGGAUAGAAUUUUAAUUGUCCAGUUAAUCGCUUCAUAAUUCGAUCAUGUUUAAGAAGAAGGUUCCGAAAACCUUACGCCACCGUCUCCAGAACCGUGACUGGGCGCAUCAGGAGAUUAUAACGGAAGCCCUGGUUGUGCUGUUUAUUGCCUGUCAGGUCUCUGUAAAGUUUGGUAAUCGGGUCUUUCCCGAGUGGGGCAACAGCCGCGUCGACCCGGAUGCAAAGAGCCGUCUAGAUUGGCUUCUGGAAAACUUUGGAUAUGAAAUGGACGGUUGCAUUUGGGAUAGUAUCAUGGCUCCCUGGACAUCACCCAAGGGUCUCAUAAUCUUGGACACUCCUUCCACUUCCUCAUCGCCCAACCAACUGAAAGCUAUUUUUGCCUAUGUUGCCACCUUCGCCACGGUAUGUGUCACGGCCAUCUUGGGUAUGUCGCUGGGUUGUUCGCUCUUCAUCAACCGACGCUGGCAAGCACCCACAUGGCAGUACCAUCUCCGCUGCUGUGGACAUAUCACGGCGUUCUUCUGCUACAACAAGAACAGCCGGGGGUAUUUCGAAAACAUUGUAGAACCUCAGGCAUCGCGAUGGCUUUUUGUUGGCUUGCACCUGGUCCUGCUAGCUGCCAACUUUAUGUGUUUCAUUUGGGUGUGGCUCGUUCUCUGCGCGCUGCCGGUGGUUAGUAUUGCGGCGUUAGUUUUCUUUGCGGUAGCACAAAUAGUGGGCGAAGGCGCUGUUUUUCCCUGCUGCGUGAUUCUGGUGAUCUUGCUGGCCUUGCACUGCACCGGAAGGAUUUGGGGAUUAUGGAUGACUGGAUGUUAUCUGGCAUGGGUAAAUAAGAAAAUCAGGCGUUACUGCGGCAUGGAACUGUUUACGAAAACCCCGAUUCCGGACUGUCUACCGGACACUAUGGAGCGAAAUCCAGAUGCCCCGAUUGACGAAAUAUGGAAGCGUCGCCUGCUUGCUUGCUUUGUUAGCACGUUGAUGCUGACCUAUGGCUGUACGGCAGUGCAGAACAAUGCCGAUUUGCUGCUAGCGAAAUUCCCACAGGCGAAUUACGUGUUGAGCGCCUUCAGUGGCUCCGAUUCUGGCAACUGGAGCUAUUGGACACUGGUCAACUGCACCGGGUGCUGCACGAAUGGGGGAUCGGGACUGAGUCAAAGCGGAGCCAUGCUUUCGUACUGGACAGAUUUGGCGUACGAUCAGUUGCACGCUAAUUCCAGUAACGCCGCGCUGCUGGCGGGGUUCGCACCCUCCCUCUCGCCCGUCGUGGGCUGGGUUUUUAUGGCCUGGACCGGACUGGUGGCGUUCCUUGGCGCUUUACCGUUGACGCUGAUUUGGAUCGUCGACAUCGUAGGGUUCUCUGGGAUCGCAUUGUUUUUUAUCGUUUACCUGUGCUACAAGUGCUGCUUUGCCUCGCGACACUCCCGUGGUACAACUGAGAAUCGUCACACAUCAACCGGCCGCGCUGUUCAACCGCAUUUCGAUGGAGCCCUGGUGAACAAUGACGUGGAAGCCAACGAACGCAAGGAGCCGCUGGCAGCGGAAUCAUCGUCUCUGCAUUCCACGUCCAACAAACCCUUUGCGUCUGCUCCAUGUGGGCCAAUUUUCAGUGCGUCAACUUGACCAUGCACCUGCGCCUUUUCGGCUGGACGAGGCUCCCGUUUCCGGUGGUGGGUUUCUUCCUUCCCGAACGGCUGCAACUACCGGGUAUCCUGCUGCUCUUGUCCCUCUUCAUGUUGUGGAUCUACCGGGAGUUCCUGCGCGAAGUAGUGGCGUUGUACCGCGAACAGCGCGGCAAUACUCAGCCGGAACGAGCACAGUGUUGCUGCUGUGGAAAGAAACUGGACGACAACGAGGCUAAAACGGCGGGUUUCCACCGUGCAGUGUGAAAAGGCUGUAGGUGUUCAGGAAAGGGGACAUGUUUAUCAUGGUUACCCCACCGGCGUAAUUUUGAUUCGGCCGACUUUGGAUCCCUUCAGCUUCUCCUUGCUGCACAUAACAAAGCUAAAAAAUUACUGGAACUAUACGCGCUACUCCACGUUUCGUUAUCACGCGCUCGUUAUUAGCCAGGCUUCGUGAACGUAUUGGUCAUUUCUUUUUGAGAAGCCUCGAUUCUAAUCUUAAGUUUAUUCACUGUGCACUCUUCGCCUAAUUUUUUUACCAGUUCCCGUUUCACAUUUUCCGAAGACGGCGUUAUUUUUCUUGAGGUCCUUAAAACUUCAAUGUUGUACAUUUGUAACUGACUAUCACAUACUUCAAAUGUUUUCCUUGAAUAUGCGACGCUUCAUUUUUUCGCGUUUGCUGCAUCGGAACUCGGAAUUACAGUACCAUAUUUGAUAUUUCUUACAGAGACUCCCUGUACAACAAAUGUUACGUGAAGAUAAACAAAAAGUUGUUUUUCUCAUUAUGGUGUUAACCGUGAUAACAACGCGAAAUUCUAGAAUGCUUGGUAUGCAUACCGUUCAUGCCCUGGCACGCUUUUGAUGUGGAAGUUUGUGAUGUCUGGUACUGAACGCCAGCGGUCUUGAUUUACUGUUCCAGUUUUUUGGCUAGUUGCACUACUUUCAAGUUGAUUC